UUCUCCCUUCUCCACCGCGACACUCAGUGAGGCCUGCACACGCAAACCAGUGACUGACGCUAGGUUCCGCUUGUAUCAUCUCUGUAGUAUUACAAUACCCUCUCUGUAACCUGUAUGUCCUCGGUACCUAAGCAGCAUGAAACCACCCGCACUGCCAUAACCAUCCCUGCUUCCCGCCUCGCUGUCUGGCACACAUAUCUAUCCUUCGCAGCCUUCCUGUCUGCCUUAUUUAUUGGCGUUGCUCUGCACUAUAAGAAGAUUGUCAAGAACGGUGUCGCUGGAUAUCCCGAAGAGUGGUUUCCAUCCGUGUCCGCUACUAUUGGAGACUGGUAUCCGGAAAGGAACAUAUUCCAGAUACUAAUUGCGCUUAACUCUGGACCACGCUUUACGUUGCUCAUCCUCCAAUACUACCUGCAACGGAUCCAUUCUUCUACGCUUCCAACAGUCCUUUUCGUUGUUGGGGUAUUGAGAACACUAUCCUGUGGGGGAUGGGUCUUCAUCACCUCAACUGACGACCAUGACUGGCACGAUAUCCUGAUGGUACUUUAUAUCGUUCUCAACUUGCCCUGGAUGUACGGCAAUAUCUCAGCCACCAAAGACGCUCGCAUACGUCGUAAGAGGCGUGUACUUGCGAUUUUAUUCUUCCUCUCUAUCGUGCCCAUGGUGUAUUUCUUCAUGCAGCACAAGGUUCAUCGGGUACCCGGAGCGUAUACCCAUUAUGCUUUCUUUGAAUGGAGCCUCAUCAUCUUAGAUAUUUUGUAUGACGCCGUCGCUCGCUAUGAUUUCGAAGCGGCCAACCUUUCUGUAUCCAUCGGCAGCCUAGCAGUUGCAGAACAUCAGUCUAUAGCUGCUGAGAAGCUAACUACAUCUGAGAUCGAACCGCUUAAAGCUACAGCAGCCGUUCGUGAGAAAUCAUCGUCGCCCCAACGAGCUGAGAUAGCUUCCAUGAAAUCUUCCAGUCCACGGCAGUUCAUCCGCAGCUUUGGCUCGGCGUUUGCAUUCAUAUGCGAUCUGUAUCUAUCGUAUAUCAACUGGUCGGUCUUCACGUCAUUGACCCCGACUCUCUUCUACUUCUCUGUGUGGGAACUUGGCCUCGCUGGCUCAGAACUCUCGCUCCUAUCCACUCUCUCCCCUAUUGUUCUGGGUAUUCCUAUUAUCUGUGAUAUCGCCAGUUCGCGAGUCGGACGCACUAUUGUAUAUGUGCUGUCCUUGACUGGACUGCUGGCAUACCUCCUGAAAAGCCCAGUACAGCGCCUCCUCGUCGUCGCGUUUGCAAAUGCGUUAUCAUGCAUCGGCUGGACAGUAGAUCUAUCUGCUACACCAGCCUCCGUGGGAUAUCAGUCCCUAGCAGUGUUUGGUCUUGGUCUCGUUUUGUCCUCCCUGACCAAACAUGCUAACUAUUCGAACAAUCCUGUCUGGCCCUUUGUACACGAGGUAUCUGGAGGAUAUAACAAGACGGGAAUUGCUCUAGCCUGCCUGGCGAUCUAUAACUACUACUCUCGUGCCGCCCAUCCUCCAAAAGAGACUACACAGCCAAAGGACGCAAAGACGCCGUCAACACCACUACCAACUCGUACCAACUGGCUUCGGGAUGGCUUUGCUCUGGGCUCCUACUUUUUUACCCUCCACUGCUUUAUCAGCGACUCAAGCACCCUUAUCGCCUGGUCGUGGACUGGCUAUCCUGUGAAGGGCCCGCUUCCCCACCUCCACGGCUCGUUGACGCAUAUCGCACAGGCAAUUGGUCUUCUGCUUGCGGUGACCGUGUCCCCAGAUCUACUCGCACAUCCCUUAUGGUUGCUCUACGGUUCUGCGGGCGCGGCAGUCAUGUAUCUCUGCGAGGACUGGCUAGGGUACCUCGGCGGGUGGAACUAUGCGUUGUUCCUCAUGUCAGUUACAUCGGUGAUACUCGGCUCGGCGGCAGCGAACAAACAUAUUGGGAAGACAUAUUGCACCGCAUUCUUGGUCGCCGCUCUGUUCGAUGUGGCGAAUACGUUCACUGCGGCGUACGCGUUUGUACCAGGCGGUGAAUACUUCAGAGAACGCACUAAUUGGGUACUCGCAGCCGAAAUGACGUUCAUUAGCUUCGUCUUCCGCUGGUCACACUUCGACUCCUCUAUACCGAUCCUAGCCGUAACCAGGAAGGCCAGAUCGUACAUCAAUACUACGAUUGUCAUGUUAUCUGUCGCUUCGCUUCUCGUGACGAUGUACAGAUGGCCUGUAAAUCCUCCCGUGCCAUAUCGUCCUGGACCGCGUAUCCUCCGCGCUGGUAUCUGGACUGUGCAUUUCGGGAUCGAUAAUGAAGGAAGAGACAGUCAGAGGCGUAUGAGGGACCUCAUCAGGGAUAUGCAGCUAGACGUCGUCGGACUUCUCGAGACGGAUCUACAUCGUGUCGUAUACGGUAAUCGCGACUUGACUCGAGUAAUGCUGGAAGAUAUCGGCUACUAUGUCGACCUUGGUCCUGGGCCAAAUAAGCAUACUUGGGGCGCUGUUCUACUCUCAAAGUUCCCGAUCCUCAAAUCAACACAUCAUCUUCUCCCUUCGCCUGACGGAGAGCUUGCACCAGCUAUUCAUGCCGUCCUGGACGUCUUUGGAACACCUGUGCAUAUCGUUGUGUCGCACAAUGGUCAAGAGGAAACUCCACUCGACCGUGAGCUACAGGCAACUGAAUUAGCUCGCAUAAUGUCCGAAGCCUACCCAGAGCCGCUUAUCUUCUUGGGUUAUGUUGUCACGAAGCCACACGCAUCUCGACCUGCACCAUACGACAUCAUGGUGACUGACGGUCGUGUCCAUGAUAUUGACAAAGAUGAUUACGACCGUUGGUGCGAGUACAUCUUCUACCGUGGGCUCUACCGCACGUCCUACGCCCGGGUGUCGCGGAGCACUAUCACGGACACUGAACUACAGAUCGGGCAGUUCCAGCUCCCAAAGCAUGGUGUCAGGGUCACGAAUGAGACGAUGGAGGCGCGGUACUUAAGAGCGUGGAAAGAGGAGUUGCCGGCGGAGCAUUGGUUCCCGCCAGAGUACCACCCAGAAGUGGGCGGUGUACGAGGACACUUUUACCACGUCUUCAAUGCGCCGCUAUACUACAAGAUCCCUGAGGAUGCCGUGUUGUAGUCCAGAUGGUGCACGCACAUCUAAGUAACUGAUUAGUUUGUAUCAUGUACUUAGUGGCCUCGUUCGCCUUCUUCCUCUGACGAUUUCUCUUCGUCCGACUCUUUCUCUUCCGCCUCGCUGUCCUCGGCCCCUUGAUGACGAUCCACAUGUUCAUCGUUAUCGUCGCUCUCCUCCUCGCUUUCUUCUUCACUCUCCGUCUCUUCUUCAUCCUCUUCCUCGUUCGUAUCUUCAUAGAACUUAUCGAGGUCCAUCCAGCUGUUCUUGGCGUCAUUCUGCACUUGCGACCCACUGGGAGAGGGUCCUAUUGGAGUCAGCACGAUAGGCGACGCGCGAUUCGACGACGCGAUCGACCGCGGUACAGAUGACUGUAGUGACUGGGGAGAUACCAGCACUUGAGGCAUGUCGUCUUCCGAGUCACGCAACGCGGGGUCGACGCCCUGUUCGAGCCAGUCUGGUAGUACUUUGUCACCUGCCAUGUCCUUGCCGGUAAUGGCACCGAGCGAGCCGACCGUCUGGUUGUCAAAGUGUAGAACAUCUUUCUCGGCUGGGGCCCCUGUCUUCCCCUCAAACAGCACGAGGCGGACCUGCUCGCGGCGUAAGAUGACUCCGCCGGGGCUCUCUUGCUCCUCUUCAUCUUCGUGCAGGCUUGGAAUCGCGCCGAUAAGAAGCCCGCCAAGCAUACGUGCGCGAUCGCGCACGUCGAAGUUCAUGUCGUACCGCGCGAGUGAUAGUAUGUAGCGGUUCAGCAGAAUCAGCGUGCGGUCCGCAGGACAGAGGACGAGCAGCUUCGCGCCGAGGGUAACGGUCUGUAAUUUGACGAUAGGUUCCUCCCGCAUGAACGUAACGGCAGAUUUGCGGAGGAGGUCCGGUGCCCAGGACGCAACUCCCUCUGGCCCGACUCUUGCACCAUUCUGCACGCUCUCGUCCGCUGCAUAUUGCCCCACAAGCCAUAAUAUGCACGCCCUUGCCUGUGGAUGAGUGAUGUGAUCAAACGAGUAUGCAAGUCGCGAGAUGAUCGUGGUCGAAGAGUACGAGGUACCGAUGGCUUGGCCCUGUUGCAAGCUGCUUUGCACAAGCUGCUUGAGGACGACGACGGCAUUUCCGACGACAACGCUGUGUUUGCUCUGAAUAAAGGACAUGAGGAUGCUUAGGCAUUGCUGCGAGGAUUCUGGCACAAGACGGGCGCAGUAUCCAAUGGCUUCGACGCCAUCUCGGACGAGGUCGUCCUCUGCGUCUUCUGCGUAGUGCUACGCAAUAUGAGUAUCAG